CUGUUUUCCCUUUUCUUCCUACUAUAUAUAUGGCCUUAUCUUGGUGCUUCUCCAUAUCUGCAUUUCUCAACGAAAUCUCGAUAUCUCUCUCUCUCUCUCCAACACACGCACGAACGCAGCCAGCCAUGGUUUCGAAAGAGGCUGCUCGAACUGCAGUUGGUGUUCUAGGAAACGUCAUCUCAUUCGUCUUGUUCAUGUCGCCAUUGCCAACAUUUUUUCAAAUAUGCAAGAAAGGGUCAGUCGAGCAGUACUCACCAGCACCAUACCUGGGCACCUUUAUCAACUGCGGCCUUUGGGCGGUGUACGGGCUGCCCGCAGUGCACCCACACAGCUUGCUGGUCACAAGCAUUAACGGAGCAGGAAUGGCCAUCGAGCUAGUGUAUCUGCUCCUCUUCAUCCGGUACUGUGACCGGAAGAAGAGACUCCAGGUGAUGUUGGUGAUGGUCGUUGAGCUUGUGGUAGUCGGUGCUGUCGCGUUUCUGGUUCUAACCCUUGCCCAUACGACCAAGCUUCGGUCUACCAUUGUUGGAAGUAUAGCCAUGCUGGGUAAUGUGAUCAUGUACGCUGCGCCAUUGUCUGUCAUGAGAUUGGUUAUAUCGACAAAAAGUGUUGAGUACAUGCCCCUCUCGUUGUCCCUAGCUUCCUUUGCCAAUGCCAUUUGCUGGAGUUCUUAUGCCCUCAUCGGUUUUGACCCCUUCAUUAUGGCACCUAAUGGGCUGGGCGCAGUGUUUGGGAUGGCCCAGCUCAUACUCUACGCCAUAUUCUACAGAAAAUCCAAAAAGCAACAGAUGACAGAAAGCCAAGGCAAAGGCGAGAUGGGCUUGAAUGGGAACUCAAAAGUAUAAGCACUUCGGCCCAAUUCUGGUUUCUCCAAUGGGCUGGGCCCAUCAUUCACCAAACUCUCUUUUUCAAGAUGUUUUUUGGACAAUGACGGUCCAUGACGUGUUUUGAUAAUUAAUUAUUAAAACACGUCAUUGGCCGUCAUUCUCCCGUGUUUUUUUUCCUUCUCUACAUGCAAGUAUUUUCUUUUUCUUCUUGUUCUUUUUAAAAUUGUGGUACAUGCAAGUAUGUAAUGUAAUCCUCACAUAGUAACAUGCGGGGAAAAAGCAUGCAAGUGUGUUCCAUUAUUUCUUUUACUUUGCUAUGCCUAAGUGUUCAUAGAAAGCCGAUGUAGCUUAUAGAAAAGAAGAAAUUAAAUAGGCAUCCUAAUUGGAAAACUUAUUUAGGUAUUCCUCCUAGUGCGUUUGAAUA